AUGCAGGUCAAGCAGGACGUACGAGACGUCUUCGACAUAGUUGCGGAGAUCCCGGACAAUCUCCAAUACGUUUCCGACUACGUGGAGAGGCUCGACGACAUUGAGGAGACCGUCAACAACAUCGAGAGUAAGACCGAGGAUUUGUCGGUGUUUGAAGACAAGAUCAAUAACAUCGACGAGAACGUGGAUGACAUCAAGCAAACAUGUGCUGAAGAGGGUACCUUACAGACGUCAAUGCAGAUGAUGAACCACAUGUUCGACCACUUCACUAAUCCGGUGGCACCAAUCGACCUGACCGAGCUGCUUGACCAGCAUACUGUCAUGCUGAACCAGAUCUUCAAACAAGUCCUCAGGGGCCGUUAG